UGAUUUUCCCCUCAAAAAUCCAGCAUGUCGGCCGAUUACGGUCGUGAAAAAGCAGUGCAGGUCUGUGUUACCUGCAAAGCGCGCAAGAAGAAAUGUGAUAAGACGAUGCCUCGAUGCGGGUAUUGCGCCAGGAAGAAUUUGCGCUGCUCUUUUUUGUUAUCGGGGCGGGACAAAUACCAUGGGAGUUAUCCUUCUUCAUUGGACCUGUUUUCAUCACGUCCAUUCCCCGAACCGGCUGCAGCAGAUGCGAACCUGUAUCGCCGAGUCCUUCAGAUGAUUCACGAGACAGGCCAAUUCAUCGAUGAUCUCACAGUGCGUUAUUUCCAGGGUCCUCACAAUUAUCUGCCGAUUGUCUCGCGCUCGCGUUUCCAAAGCAAUCUUAUAACGCUGGGAGCCGUUCCAUCCGCUGGGUUUUCUACUCUGUUAUUGACGAUCUGUUUGACUGCGUCGUCAUCGAAAGGAGAGUCGACUGCCGAUGGCGAUACCCCUGCAUUUACAAAAGACCGAGCUCUUUAUCUUGCAACAAAAUCCCUGCUUUCCCGGGUUCAGAGCUCCAACCCACCCUGCAUUUCUCUAAUCCAAUCCCGCCUCUUGCUAGCUCUUUAUGAUUACACAAAUCGUCGGCCAGAGGAGGCAUUUGACGCAAUUGCAGGGUGUGCCCGCAUGGCUUAUGCCGCCCGAAUGCAUCUUAACUGCCGCCCCAUGGAGACCCACACUGAUCCAGAUGCGCAAGCACGGGCAGAAGCAGUCAAUACCUGGUGGGGAAUUGUGAUAUGCGAGCGCACCUUUUUCUGCGAAGUGGGAUUUCAGGAACAACCCCUUAUCACCACAAUACCGAAUGACGCCAUUCUCCCUUCAGGCACCGGGGACCAAGGACAGGAUGGUUCACCUUUAUCUUACUUGACUACAACUGCCAUAUACCCCGGUGGCAAUUCUAGCGGGUUUGAUCGUUCCGUCCAGGCUGUUUGGCUCCUAGAUAAAGUCAUCAGGAGCUUCGAGAUCCCGGAUCUUGAUUCUAAACUCGUUCAGCUCCAAACCUUGGACAAUAAUAUCCAAGGUUUUCUGACCGAGCUCAUGCGGCAAUGUUAUUCUCAAGAAAUCACGAGUGAAUAUUGCCAAUCAAUUGCCAUUACAAUCAGGACACUUUUGAAGCUACAUUCUCACGUUAUAGAGCAACUGGGCCAUGUGCCCGUUUCCCAGGACCCGACGCUGCAAAGCCGAUAUCAAAAGUCCCAAGCAGCGCUCGAUACUAUAGCGCAAAUGGUCCUCGACAUCAUCGAGAUUCACCACACCCCGCCACCGGAUAUAAUCCCUCCUAGCUUUUCGUACAUGACCAGAGCCGCGCUUGCAUACGUACGGGAGCAGAAAGAUUGGCAAACUGAUAGCAAGCUGCACAGCGCGGAAGAGCGAAUGCGUGAAUCCCUGCAUUAACCAGCCAUGGUGCUAGUGUUGUUCUCCAGAUUUGACUUUUGUUGAGACACUCCAAAGCGAUAUAUGUUUGAGCUCGAUGCGAGGCACAACAGAUUUGCUGGAUUUUAUUAUGAGCAGAGUCAUGUAG